UUUCCUUUGAUAUCAAUGGGUCUUUUCUCUUCCUUUUCCAUUUUAGAGCCAACCACAACUACUACUACAACUACAAACACUCCCGCCACAAGCAGCACAACAACAGAGCCAACCACAACUACUACUACACCUACAACCACUCCCACCACAAGCAGCACAACAACAGAGCCAACCACAACUACUACUGCAACUACAACAACUCCCACCACAAGCAGCACAACAUCAGUGCCAACCACAACUACUACUACAACUACAACCACUUCCACCACAAGAAGCACAACAACAGAGCCAACCACAACUACUACUACACCUACAACCACUCCCACCACAAGCAGCACAACAAGAGAGCCAACCACAACUAUUACUGCACCUAUAACCACUGUCAUGACAAGCAGCAACACAACAGUUUUAGAGGCAUGUCGUAAUGGAGACAAUCCAUGUCAGCAUUUUUGCAGAGAAGAUAGGUUUGGAAACAUCAAAGGCUUUGAAUGUCAAUGUGCCGGCGGCUUUCGAUUAAGUUCCAAUGGUUAUGAUUGCAUAGACAUAGAUGAAUGUUCAUCUAACCCAUGUAUGAAUGGAAUAUGUUCAAAUAUACGAGGAAGUUACCAAUGCGAAUGCCGAAGUGGAUUCACAGGGACGCACUGUGAAAUUGAUAUUGAUAACUGUAUCAGCCAACCAUGUCUGAAUGGAGCGACCUGCAUCGAUCAGAGAGAUGGCAUUCAAUGCAUCUGUUUACCUGGAUAUAACAAUCGAUAUUGUCAAAGUGUAAUUAGUAAAUGUGCUAGCGAUCCAUGCCAAAAUGAUGGUUCCUGCCAGGACCGAUUUAACAACUAUAUAUGCAUAUGUCCUGAUAAUUGGAAAGGUCAAGAUUGCACAACAGAUGUGGAUGAGUGUGCUAUAAAUACUCACAACUGUGAUCGGCGUGCUGGAAUCUGUACAAAUACAUUUGGAUUGUUCAUAUGCUCCUGCAGGGAAGGGUACGAAGGUGAUGGAUUAAUUUGCAGAGAGAAACGACUAUUUGAUUAUGGAACAUCAUUUGGAGAUACAAAAUUCACCAGAAAGGCAUUGGACGUUAAUUCUCCGAUCAUCAACAUCCCAUAUGGCUUUCCAUUUGAUAAUGUCUUUUAUUACAGAUUAUAUUUUUCAGAUAACGGGCUGAUUGUAUUUCAACGCAAGAAUUAUUAUGUACAAUUGAUAUAUUCAUAUCCAUUCAAUGAAUUCAAUCGGUUUUUGCCUAACACGCCAUCAAUGAUUGCGGUAUUCUGGGAUGAUGCUGACUUGAGAAGAGGAACAGGAUGUAUGUACUAUCAGGCAUUUGAUUUUCAAGUCAGGACAGAUAUUCACAGUCGGAAUUUUAAGGAAACACUUAAGACAGUAGUCAAUGAACUUUAUGGAUCAGAACUUGGCAUCUUGAGCUUUGAACCUACAUGGGCACUGAGGAUCACCUGGGAAAAUAUACUUCCGUUCACUGGAUAUACCAAUGAUGACGCUCAAGAGACCAAUACGUACCAAGCAACUUUAGUAAGUGAUGGUAUAUUCUCCUUCUGCUUAAUUCAAUUCAAAGAUGGUGGAAUGAACUGGAAAUAUUUAGAAAGACCGAGAGGACAACCUAAUGCCUUGAUGGGAUUUUACAGUGAAACAACAUCCUUAUUUUUUAAUGGCCCAAACACCAGAUCUGGUGCAUUAGUUGAACAAAUCUACCGUCCAGAUCAAUAUCCUGGCCAUAAAACAAAUAAAAAUGGACGCGUAGCCUAUCGUUUGGAAAAAAAUGAUAUCAAUACCAGAAACCCAAGACAAAAAUGUAUUGAUUGGUAUUUACACGAACCUUUCCCAUAUUGGAGCUUCUUCAAUUCGCCUUGUCCCUGUUCAUUUUGGCAAGCUAUUUUUGAUAAUGCCUUUGUAUUUGGAAACUUUAUCCAAUUUUAUGGAUUUGAAGUGAAAAGGCCUCAAGAGAGAUUUAUCACAUUCCAAAGCCGAUUUCCAAGCAGGUUGGGUUCAGGAGUGAGAUGUUACUAUUCCAGAAGUGGAGGUCUAAUCUACGGUCAAAAUGAACGAUUCCUUCCAACACCAUGGACUAGCUACAAUCCAUUUGCUUGGCUCUGGAGAGGAUUCUCAUAUUAUAUUUUCCGAAGGAAUAAUUAUAUCAACAACGUUUUACCAAGGCUGCAAACUACCUACAAAGAAAAGGAAGUUGAUCCAUACCAUGACUGCUGCAGAGACUCUGAUGAUCCUACUUUCUGUUUACUUUACCGGCUGGUGAGACCUAGCGACUAUUGCUUUGGAUACAGACCUCCACGGAUAGGUUUCUUAUUCGGAGAUCCUCAUGUGGUGACCCUGGAUGGAACAAAAUACACAUUUAAUGGUCUGGGUGAAUUUGUUAUAUUAAAUGUGAAAGAUGAAAAUAAUACGGUUACGUUCAGUUUACAUGGUCGAACCCUCAGAGCUGGAGAAAAUAGAACAUCAGAGGCUACAAACUUUGUAGCACUGGCAGCACAAGGACCCAGUGGAACAAAGGUUCAGUGGAAUCUCGAGAAUGAAGAUGAACUAACUCUUCUGGUCGAUGGGAAUAUUGUAAAUGUAACAGAAAAUUCUACCUAUAUAAAUCAAGUAACCGUGCAGAGGACAACCAACAAUGAGACAGUUGCCAAUUUUGAGGGUGGAAUAUCUCUCACAGUUUCAGGAAAAUUGGGAGCUUUGACUUUCACUACUUCAAUGGAUAAUGCUUUCAAAAAUAAGACAGAGGGACUCUUGGGAGUCUGGAAUGAUGACAAAACAGAUGACUUUAAAGCUGCUGAUGGACGAUACCUUGAAUAUAAUGGAAUUAAAUUGCCCAAUGACACUCAGAUUUUCUUUGACUUUGGCCUUACAUGGAAAACAACAGCGAAUGACAGUAUAUUUACAUAUAACACAACUGCUGGAGAGACUUGGUACACUUACAACAACAACAGUUUUGUGCCUAAAUUUUAUGAUGAGCUUUUGCAAACCACGGACAAAGAAAAAAUCGACAAAGCUAAUAAAACGUGCCAAGGAAGUGAUGAUUGCAUUUUUGAUAUUUUGAGUACAAAUGAUUUUUCCUUUGGAGCAGCAACAUUACAAAGCGUGAAUACGUUUGCAGCACAGAACAGCACCAUGAAUAAUUUCCCUCCUAACAUCACUGGAGAAUCAUCCCUUCAGACUCGUCUCAAUGAACCUGUUUUCAUUCUUUUUACUGCUACUGAUGCCAACAAUGAUGAUGUGACAUUUGUAGUCUUGACUAAUUCAUCAGAUAUCACAAUGACAAAAAAUGGGAACUUUUCUUGGCAUCCAACAAGCUCCACUCCAGUGUUUGCCAUAAUACAAGCCAAUGAUUCAAAGGUCACUUCUGAGCUGGGAUUGACACUGACAAUAUGCAACUGCAGCAUCAAUUCAAUCUGUGAUUAUUCCAGAUCAGUUAUCAGCAUGGAAUCAGAUAAUGCCAUGUUUGUGGUUGCAGCAUGUAACUGUACUCCUGCAUAUAUUGGUGAUUAUUGCACUGAAGAUUUUGAUGCCUGUCAAGACAACCAAUGUUUCUUAAAUGAUACCUGCAAAGAUCAACCUGCACCUCUCGAGGGUUAUACCUGUGGUCCAUGUCCCACCAAUUUAAUAGGAGAUGGAGAGAAAUGUUAUGAUUUUGAUGAAUGUCAGAACGAAACAGACUCUUGCAAGCAGAUCUGUACCAAUGUGUUGGGAGGUUACAUCUGCAGCUGUAAUGAAGGCUAUGCGAUAAAUGAAACAAACAGUUCCUUGUGUGAUGACAUUGAUGAAUGUCGUAAUACAUCUAGUUGUCCCCAAAAUGCAAAAUGCAUCAAUUCAAAUGGAGGUUACUCCUGUAUGUGCAAGGAAGGAUAUACUGGGAAGCCAGACAGUUUCUGCAUUGAUGUGAAUGAAUGCUCUACUGAGUGUUCCGGAACUAAUUCUAUCUGUACAAAUACUGAAGGCUCUUUUGUCUGUACAUGUAGAACAGGAUAUGAAGGAUCCAACUGUACAGAUAUUAAUGAAUGCGCAAGCGAUCUGGACAAUUGUGUUUUGAAUUCUAAGUGCUUCAAUACGGAUGGCUCAUAUACAUGUAAAUGUAAUCGUGGAUAUGAAGGUUCAAACUGCACCGACAUUGAUGAAUGUACCAGAUUUAUGGAUAACUGUCAUAGUAGGGCUGACUGUCAGAAUAUACCUGGUUCAUUCAACUGCUCCUGCAGGUCUGGAUUCAAAGGAAAUGGGACAUUCUGUGAAGAUAUUAAUGAAUGCGCAAGCGAUCUGGACAAUUGUGUUUUGAAUUCUAAGUGCUUCAAUACGGAUGGCUCAUAUACAUGUAAAUGUAAUCGUGGAUAUGAAGGUUCAAACUGCACCGACAUUGAUGAAUGUACCAGAUUUAUGGAUAACUGUCAUAGUAGGGCUGACUGUCAGAAUAUACCUGGUUCAUUCAACUGCUCCUGCCAGUCUGGAUUCAAAGGAAAUGGGACAUUCUGUGAAGAUAUUGAUGAAUGUGCGAUAGAUCAGGACAAUUGUGUUUUGAAUUCUAAGUGCAUCAAUACGGAUGGCUCAUAUACAUGUAAAUGUAAUCGUGGAUAUGAAGGUUCAAACUGCGCCGACAUUGAUGAAUGUACCAAAUCUCUGGAUAACUGUUCUAUUGGGGCUGACUGUCAGAAUAUACCUGGUUCAUUCAACUGCUCCUGCAGGUCUGGAUUCAAAGGAAAUGGGACAUUCUGUGAAGAGAUUACCUCCACUACCAAUACAACAGCAAGUCCGUCGAAUGGAGCAUUGAAUCAAACAAGUACCCCCACUGUUGCCUUGGCUCCAUCAAGCACCUCGACAACUACUUCAAAACUCACCGAUACCACUGCUGUUACCUCUGCACCACCAAGGCCCAUCACAACUACCUCAUUACCCACCAAUACCACUGCUGCUGCCUCAGCACCAUCCAACAUCACCACAACAACUUCAAAAACCACCAAUACCACUGCUACUAUGUCAGCACAAGCAAGGACCACUACAACUACUUCAGUACCCAUAGAUACCACUGUUAAUACAUCAGCACAAACCAGGACCACCACAACUACCUCAGUACCCACCAAUACCACUGUUGUUACCUCAGCACCAUCCAGCACCACUACAACUACUUCAAAAACCACUGAUACCAAUAUUAAUACAUCGGCACAAGCAAGCAUCACCACAACUACCUCAGUACCCACCAAUACCACUGCUGCUGCCUCAGCACCAUCCAACAUCACCACAACUACUUCAAAAAACACCGAUACCGCUGUUAUUACGUCGGCACAAGCAAGGUCUACCACAACUACUUCAAAACCCACCAAUACCACUGCUGCUGCCUCAGCACCAUCCAAUACCACUACAACUGCCUCAGUACCCAUCAAUACCACUAUUAAUACAUCGGCACAAGCAAAGACCACCACAACGACUUCAGCACCCACCAAUACCACUGCUGCUGCCUCAGCACCAUCCAACACUACCGCAACUACCUCAGUACCCAUCAAUACCACUAUUGUUGCCUUGACACCAUCCAUCACGACCACAUCUACUUCGGUACCCACCAAUACCACGGCUAUUACCUCAUUACCGACAAGCUCCACUACGACAACCACAACAAUCGUGCCAACACCAUCUGCUAAUAGAGCUCUUCCUGACAGAAGAGUCAAUAUUACAUUGCCUGUAAUCAGCAGUAAUAGGAGUUCAAAUAUUUCAGGUCAGGUUCAUGAAAAGAUCUAUGAAAAGGCAAAAAAAGUGAGACACUUUAAGAAUGCUACGGAACCUCUAAUAUGGAUACGGGACGGAAAUCUGGUUACUUCUACAGAGCUUCUAUUUGAAUACAAUGCAAUGCUGACUGUAAUUAGUUUCCUAAAUAAUGAUUUACAUCCUGCAAUUCUGAAUGCUUUCAACACUGCCACACGUGCCCAGCGUGCCGUGAUACCUGUUGACAUUGGAACUUUGAAUAGCGCUGAUAUUCAAGAUAUAACUAAAUUAUCGAAAGAACAGUUAUUGGGUUACUUUAGCUGCAACGACUCUAUAUAUGCUGGUUAUGUGGUUGACUGGGAUGAGCAACAUGGAGUCGUUUGCCGUUCACCCUGUCACAUGAAUUACUGUAUGAAUCAAGCAAAGUGCCAGCAUCCGCUGACUGGACCUUCGUGCAAAUGCGUUCCACGCACAAUAUAUUCUAGCUUCGGUGAACACUGCGAACAUCUAUCAAUGAAUCUCAGGGCAUUUUUUGGCAUUCUGUUUGGAGCUUUAGCAUUCUUGCUUUUACUGAUGUUAGCCAUAUUUGUAAUUGUGUGGAAGUGCAAAUCAAAUGGACGGAACAGAUUGACAAAUGAAACAAACAGCAUUGGAGAUGUGGAUCGGCAAAUAUUCUCUUGGCAAACUAAUCCAUUUUCUUCUAAAAUAAAAGAUACAAGCAUCUUGCCUUCUUUGAAUGAAAAUAAUCUGUCAUCUUUAGCAUGGAAACCACAUCUUGAAAAUGUCAACACUGCAGCAGAGAUUAAAAUUCAAAAACCAUCACUCAGAAGGAACGGCGAUGAGUCCAAUGUACCAUAAAUUCACCAAAAAUCAAAGCCUUUUGAGAAUUUCAUUGAUGCUCUGUUUCGUGCAACAAGUGACCCACAGGUGUGACCUUUCAAUUCCACCGUGAAAUCAUCACAGGAAUCUGGGUUCAUCAAAUACAUGUACUUCAAUAUAUUUUGAAUUACCUAUGCUUUAAAUCAACAUUAUUUUCUUGUCUUGUUUUAAAAUACUGACACCGAUGUUCGAAUGAGUAAUUGCUAUUUUUGGAAUUUUUAUAUUUCGAGUCGUAUAAAGAUUAGUUUUAUUCCUGCCUUCUAUCCAUACCGGCACCUUAUCACUUAUAGGCGUGAUCAUUAAUUACUUCGUAAAAGUUGCAAAGAAGUGUUUUUGGGAAACUAAAUGGAUAAACUUUAAUGCUGCACACAGCCCUGAUAAUGUAGCUCAAUCCCUCAACAUUUGUUUUAACUAUUGAAACGUACAAAUAUAAUUAAAAGUACAUAAUUGUAUGUAUUUUAGAGCACUUUUACAUAUAUAUAUAUAUAUAUAUAUAUAUAUAUAUCAUGGAAUGUUACUAUUUUACAAUCUGAUUUCUGGGAUAAAAUGUAAUUUGUAUGUGAAUGUUAUAGUUGAUUUUUGUGAAGGUUGACAGAGUUUACACUAGAAAUUCACCUGCAUUUAAAUACGGUAAUCAAUUUAAAGAAAAUAGUUCAAAAAUUCUGUUCCAAAUAUUACAUUUUGAAACAUUUAAAUAAAGAAAACAACUGAUUAAA